CUGCUUCCCGCCGACGACGCCCCUGCUCCAUCCACCGAGCAGCGCCGCAUCCACCCAUCCACACCGCAUCACACCACCGCCACCAUGGUCAAGGUCCCGCAGACAAAGAAGGCGCCGGCGAGCAAGUCGUCGGGCGGCAAGGGCAUCAAGUUUGUCAAGGGCGAGAACUUCUACCGCGACGCCAAGCAGGCGCGCCGCGUCAAGCUGCUCAGCAAGGAGGGCAUCGCCAGCAAGCCGAUCCGCAACGCCAAGGGCGACGUCACCCAGACGCAGGAGUUCCAGAGCCGCGAGGUGGUGCCGGGGCGCGUGCAGCCCGACCGCCGCUGGUUCGGCAACACGCGCGUCAUCAGCCAGGAUGCGCUCGACCACUUCCGCGAGUCGCUCGGCGCACGCACCGACGAUCCGUACUCGGUGCUGCUGCGCCGCAACAAGCUGCCCAUGUCGCUCAUCCAGGACGCAAAGGCCGGCCCGGCGCCCAAGCUCACCGCCGUCGAGUCGUUUGCCUCGACGUUUGGGCCCGGCGCGCAGCGCAAGCGUCCGCGCCUCGAUGCCGGUGCCGCCGGCUCGUUCGCCGAGCUGGCCGAGACGAGCGCCGCCGCCGGCGCUGCGGCCGAGGCCAAGGACGAGGACGCACGGCAAAAGGCACGCGGCGCACACCUCGUCGUCGAGGGCGCCGAGAUCGGCGUGGGCCCCGACGGCCUGCCCGUCGAGACGCACGUGGCGCCCGCGUCGGGGCUCGGCACGGACGAGGUGUGGUCGGCGCCCGUGACGCGCGGGCGCUCAGAGCCCAUCUACAGCAAGGGCCAGAGCCGGCGCAUCUGGGGCGAGCUGUACAAGGUCAUCGACAGCAGCGACGUCGUCAUCCACGUGCUCGACGUGCGCGACCCGCUCGGCACGCGCUGCAAGAGCGUCAUCAAGCACAUCCGCGAGGAGAAGCCGCACAAGCACCUCGUCUUUCUGCUCAACAAGGUCGACCUUGUGCCGACCUGGGUCACGGCUCGCUGGGUCAAGAUCCUCUCCAAGGAGUACCCGACGCUGGCCAUGCACGCCUCGAUCAACAACUCGUUCGGCAAGGGCGCGCUCAUCCAGCUGCUGCGCCAGUUCUCGCAGCUGCACGCCGACAAGAAGCAGAUCUCCGUCGGCUUCAUCGGCUACCCGAACACGGGCAAGUCGUCGAUCAUCAACACGCUCAAGAAGAAGAAGGUCUGCAACGUGGCGCCGAUUCCCGGAGAGACCAAGGUGUGGCAGUACGUGGCGCUGAUGCGCCGCAUCUACCUCGUCGACUGCCCGGGCAUCGUGCCCGUCGGCGCCAACGACUCGGAGACGGGCACGGUGCUCAAGGGCGUCGUGCGCGUCGAGAACCUCGAGACGCCCGCCGAGCACCUGCCGGCGCUCAUGAGCCGCGUCAAGCCCGAGUACCUGCGCCGCACGUACAACCUCGAGAGCUGGACGUCGCCCGAGGACUUCCUCGGCCAGCUGGCGCGCCGCAUGGGCAAGCUGCUCAAGGGCGGCGAGCCCGACCUCGAGACGGCCGCCAAGAUGGUGCUCAAUGACUGGAUCCGCGGCAAGAUUCCCUUCUUCGUGCCGCCGCCGCCCCCGCCGGGCGCCGCUGCCGCCUCUGCUGCGGCCGCUGCGGCCGACGCCGAGGUCGAGGCCGUCAUUGCAUCGGCGCCCGAGGGCAAGAAGGCCGUCAAGGGCGUCGAGCAGCCGCUGCGUGCCAUCGCCGUCGCCAGCAAGUUCUCGCACGACGACGUGUACGGCGGCGUGCCGGAGGACUUCGAGCAGGAGGCCAAGGAGAGCGCCGACGAGGCGGCCGACCUCAGCGAGGGCGACGACGAGGACGCCGAGGAGGCUGCGUCGGAGUCGGACGAGGAGAGCGACGAGGAGGGACUUGAGGGUCUCGCGUGGGAGGACGUCUUUGACGGCGGCGCUGGCUCGUCGUCGGCCGCUGCGCCCGCAGCCGAGGCCUCGGACGACUCGGAGGAUGCCGUCUCGGAUGCGCUCGAGUCUGCCGACGCCCCGACGCGGCGACAGCGCGUGCAGAAGCGCAAGUCGGUCACCUUCGACGGCGCCGACGCCGAUGCCGCCGAGACCGCGGCGCCGGCGGCCAAGGAGCGGCGCAUGACGACGUCGAAGAAGAAGGCCGAGAACUUCUUCACGCACGCGAACGUCAAGAACAAGAACCGCAGCCGCAAGAGCGCCGUGGCGCAGGCGCAGCAGGCCGUCGGCAUGCAGGGCGGGCGCAAGGAGCGUGGCUCGCGCGUCGGCGUCAACAAGAACGCCGCGCCCACGCAGAAGCUCGGCAAGAAGCGGUGAUGGCUCUCUGCUGCCUCCUGCGAUCUCGCCGUCCUCUCUCGGUCUUCGCGUCCUGUAUCUGCGACUCGUCCCUCGGUUUACCUCUUAUGCCACCACGUCACUGUCGCUUCUUCACCAUUGUACACUAGUCGCAAUCAUGCAUGCUCUCAG